CAACUGGGGGCCCCAGACGACCAUGAGAGAUAAGGACUGAGGGCUAGGCAGGGGAAGUGCGCCCGCUGAGAGGUGGCGGGGGCUGCUCACGCCAAGGGCCACAGCGGCCGCGCUCCGGCCUCGCUCCGCCGCUCCACGCCUCGCGGGGCCCGCGGGGACAGCCCGGCCCGGCGGGGAUGCCGGGGCUGGGGCGGAGGGCGCAGUGGCUGUGCUGGUGGUGGGGGCUGCUGUGCAGCUGCUGCGGGCCCCCGCCGCUGUGGCCGCCCCUGCCCGCCGCCGCGGCCGCCGCCGGGGGGCAGUUGCUGGGGGACCGCGGCAGCCCCGGCCACGCGGAGCCGCCGUCGCCGCCGCAGUCCUCCUCCUCGGGCUUCCUCUACCGGCGCCUCAAGACGCACGAGAAGCGGGAGAUGCAGAAGGAGAUCCUCUCGGUGUUGGGGCUCCCACACCGGCCCCGGCCCCUGCAUGGCCUCCAGCAGCCGCAGCCCCCGGCGCUCCCGCAGCAGCAGCAGCAGCAGCAGCUGCCUCGCGGGGAACCCCCUCCGGGGCGGCUGAAGUCCGCACCCCUCUUCAUGCUGGAUCUGUACAACGCCCUGUCCGCCGCCGACGACGAGGAUGGGGCAUCGGAGGGGGAGAGGCGGCAGCCCUGGCCCCACGGAGGGGCCAGCACGUCCCAGCCCCGGCAGUCGCCCCCCGGCGCCGCGCACCCCCUCAACAGCAAGAGUCUCCUGGCCUCCGGACCCGGUGGCGGCGGCGCGUCCCCACUGACCAGCGCGCAGGACAGCGCCUUCCUCAACGACGCGGACAUGGUCAUGAGCUUCGUGAACCUGGUGGAGUACGACAAGGAGUUCUCCCCUCGCCAGCGGCACCACAAAGAGUUCAAGUUCAACUUAUCCCAGAUUCCCGAGGGUGAGGCGGUGACGGCUGCAGAGUUCCGCAUCUACAAGGACUGUGUUGUGGGGAGUUUUAAAAACCAAACUUUUCUUAUCAGCAUUUAUCAAGUCUUACAGGAGCAUCAGCACAGAGACUCCGACCUGUUUCUGUUGGACACCCGCGUAGUGUGGGCCUCAGAAGAAGGCUGGCUGGAGUUUGACAUCACGGCCACUAGCAAUCUGUGGGUCGUGACGCCGCAGCACAACAUGGGGCUUCAGCUGAGCGUGGUGACGCGGGAUGGAGUCCACAUCCACCCCCGGGCCGCAGGCCUGGUGGGCAGAGACGGCCCUUAUGACAAGCAGCCUUUCAUGGUGGCUUUCUUCAAAGUGAGCGAGGUCCACGUGCGCUCCACCAGGUCAGCCUCCGGCCGGCGCCGACAGCAGAGCCGCAACCGCUCCACCCAGUCCCAGGACGUGUCCCGGGUCUCCAGCGCUUCAGAUUACAACAGCAGCGAACUGAAAACAGCCUGCAGGAAGCAUGAGCUUUAUGUGAGCUUCCAAGACCUGGGAUGGCAGGACUGGAUCAUCGCACCCAAGGGCUAUGCUGCCAAUUACUGUGAUGGAGAAUGCUCCUUCCCACUCAAUGCACACAUGAACGCAACCAACCACGCGAUCGUGCAGACCCUGGUUCACCUUAUGAAUCCUGAGUAUGUCCCCAAACCAUGCUGUGCGCCAACCAAACUAAAUGCCAUUUCAGUUCUUUACUUUGAUGACAACUCUAAUGUCAUCUUGAAAAAAUACAGGAAUAUGGUUGUAAGAGCUUGUGGAUGCCACUAACCUGAAACCAGUUGCUGGGGACACAGAUUCUGCCUUGGAUUCCUACAUCACAUCUGCCUUAAAAAACAUACAGAAACACAGCUGAGUGGGACGAUAAGACUUUGAAACCAUCUCAUGCUGGUGCCUUACUGCCCACGGGAGAUUUUAAAGGACGUUGUUAAGAAUUUGCUCACUUCAUAAACAACGUGAGUAGUUGCGGGUCUAUAGGAAGCUGAGUUUGAAUGUCUGUAGUGUAAGGUCUGGUAACUGCAGAAAUGUAACCUUAAGCCCCGUCCCCCCCCCAAAAAAACUCCAUCAAAAUUAGUUUUAAUUAUAGAUCGAGCUAUUUGGGGUGUUAGUGAGUAAACAGGGAAAUUCUCAAAGGAGUAAAAGUAUUUUUGGCUAAGUUAUCAGCCGGUUCAGUACUGUCCCCAUCAAAGGCAGAUUAUUCAGAUAACAGAAACUGGGGUGAGGGGGAGGAUGUCUCUAUUCACAGAUUUCAUUCCCAGGAAGGCCAAUUUCGUAUGGGAUCCACAUCCCAGGCUGUAACCAGGCCUCUAUGGAGGUGCCUUUUGUCUCAAUUGUUGCUGUUGUUUGUGCUGGAGUUUUGUUGGUGUGAAAAUAAAUAUCCUAUUCAGUCAAACCAUAUCAUUUCCACACCUUGACCCUCCAUUUGCUGUAUUCUCUGCUAGUACCAAAGGUAGACCGUCGCACCUUGAGGUGAGGCUGCCAGGGUUGAGCAUUUGUAGGCGCCCUCCUUUUAACCACGUACAUGUGACAGCAGUUCUGCACCCUCUUCUUUAUGGGAGUAGCUCUUUGGCAAGCACAUUAACCGCAGGAGGGUAGAUUCUAACAUCUAUUUCAGUAAGACGCUCUAUGCUUGGCUGUACGGCAUCCCCCGUCACAGGGGUAGGACCAACGAAGGAAGGAAGGUGAGGAAGGGGCGCCCAGCCUUUAAGGUGGGUUUGGGGGAGAUGAGUGUGCUGUUUAUGAAACGAAAUCCCAGUUUUCUCUUAUAGAAAGUUAAGACUCAGAUUAAAUUUUAGACUAUUUUUAAAAUGUCUUUUUCACAAUCAAUUAUGUACUGGGAAACCAAUUUCAUACUAAACUGAUUAAAUAAUACAUUUAUAAUCUAUAACUGUUUGCACUUACAGCUUUUUUUGUAAAUAUAAACUAUAAUUUAUUGUCUAUUUUAUAUCUGUUUUGCUGUAACAUUUAAGGAAAGACCAGACUUUUUAAAAAAGAGUUUAUUUAGAAAGUAUCAUAGUGUAAACAAAUUGUACCACUCUGACUUUCUCUGAAUACAAGACUCAUGAUGCAAAGCUGAAGCAACACUCCUGACGGUUGUGCUUCUCUAGGAAGUUGGAUUUUUUUUUUUAACAGAACAUCUGUGAAUCACAUGUAAUUAAUAAAGAUUUCCUUUAAGGCA